GAGCUCAUUGACCGCGCCAUCGGAUGGACGGACAGACCCUUCGACGAGAAGCAUUGGGAGGACCAGGACCUUGCUCAGAGCGUGCAGCUUGUGAGGGACAUGCUUGCAGCCCUGGAGAGGGUGCCAAAAAUGUCUGACAGGAUGAAGACGGUAACGCUCGAGGGUUACAACGACACGGUGCCUGAGUUCCUGGCGGUCACUCGCAAGGAGAUCUCCGACGGGCUUGGCGCUUUCUGGGAUGAGCACCCCAUCGCCCAGUCCGCCGAUUCUUUCCUCGCAAAAAUCGAGUCGAUGGAGGCGUUCACCGAAAUCAAGGCAAAGCUGGCCAAGCGGCUGACCGAGCGCAUUCAGAUGCUUGUUCGGCUAACCAAUGGUGCGAUCUUCGGUAACUUCCCGCGCGAUGCAUUCUGGGCCGAGCGGUGGAUCGACACUAUCUGCACCCCUGACGACAUCACCGACCAGGCGUUCUUGAUCUGCGGCACCGGGUACGAAGCUGGCUUCACGCAGGACGCCGUGAAGGCGUUCGAGGAUGCGUCGGAGGCGGCGCGGUAUGCCGACACGAUGUUUCAAUGGCAGGUCGGCGCCAUCACGAACAUUGCCAGGGUGUGGCUCGUCGGCGUUCCCUUCCUGAAGUGCAAGAUGGACUUCGACGAGGCGGCCGCCAAGGCGUGGCGGGGCGGCCAGGAUGCGCUGAACAAGCUA